AGCACAUCUCUUUCCUGCGUUUCAUGCGCCAUUUCCAAUUGACAUAAGGCAUCAAGAGGGAAGAUAUCAUUAUGAGACUCAUGGGAUCCACGCCAUUCAUGGCCCCCCAGGUCUUAGCUCCAGCCCAGUCAUUUCGGACAUCUCCCUAAUCCGUCUGUCCCCUCACUCAGUGGGAGCGGGUGAGUUCAGCCAUACUCACCACUAUGUGAGCCCCCAUAUGGAGCACUAUCUGCGGUCGGUGCACAGCAGCCCAACUCUGUCUAUGAUUUCUGCUGCCAGGGGCUUGAGCCCAGCUGAGGUAGCCCACGAGCACUUAAAAGAACGAGGUCUUUUUGGCUUAGCACCCCCACCUCCUGGUGCCAAUCCUGCAGAAUAUUACCAUCAGAUGACCCUCCUUGCUAGCCAUCCAAGUCCCUACGGAGAGCUCCUGAUGCAGAGUGGGGCAGCUGCCACGGCUGCCCACCUCCAUGAUUACCUAACUCCCAUGGAUGUGUCGAGAUUCUCAAGCCCCAGGGUGACCCCACGGUUAAGCAGGAAGCGAGCACUGUCAAUCUCGCCCCUCUCUGAUGCCAGCAUUGACCUGCAAACCAUGAUCCGCACUUCGCCCAACUCUCUUGUGGCUUAUAUCAACAACUCUCGUAGUAGCUCUGCUGCCAGUGGGUCUUAUGGUCUGUCAGCUGGAGCAAUAAGUCCAGCCUUCAGCUUUCCCCAUCCUAUUAAUCCUGUGGCAUACCAGCAACUUUUAAAUCACCAGCGUAGUCUGAGCUCAUUUGGACACUCUCCUCUAGUCCAGCCUUCUCCCGCUUUCGCCUCACGGCAACCUGAAACCCUCUCCUCAUCCAAUCCUGCACCUAGCAGUAACCACAUCUCUGCCCCAGACUCCAGUCAGAACAAACCAAGCAGUGAGUCUGCUGUCAGCAGCACUGUUAACCAAGUAAUCAACAAGCGCAGCAAAGUAAAGACAGAAGAAGAAGCACAUCGAAGGGACUCUCCCAGUCCUCAGGACCAUCUGACAGACCUAAAGGAAGAUUUAGAUAAAGAUGAAUGUAAACAGGAACCUGAGUUUAUAUAUGAGACAAACUGCCACUGGGAUACCUGCACCAACGAGUUUGACACACAGGAUCAGCUUGUGCAUCACAUCAAUAAUGAUCAUAUCCACGGGGAGAAGAAGGAGUUUGUAUGUCGCUGGCAGGACUGCACACGGGAACAGAAGCCAUUCAAAGCACAGUACAUGUUGGUGGUACAUAUGAGACGACACACGGGAGAGAAGCCGCAUAAAUGCACUUUUGAAGGUUGCUUUAAGGCAUAUUCCAGACUAGAGAACUUAAAGACUCAUCUACGGUCGCAUACUGGGGAAAAGCCAUAUGUGUGUGAGCAUGAGGGGUGCAAUAAAGCUUUUUCCAACGCCUCUGACCGAGCAAAACAUCAGAACAGGACUCAUUCCAAUGAGAAACCAUAUAUUUGCAAAAUUCCUGGAUGCACAAAGAGGUACACAGAUCCUAGCUCUCUCAGGAAACAUGUAAAGACUGUUCAUGGGCCGGAGGCUCAUGUAACAAAGAAGCAACGCAAUGAUAUGCCACCCAAACCUUCAGCGUCCAAGGAAAAUGGAGACAAUGAGGCUAGUGCUAAACUAAAUAAUAUGCUGUCUGAGGAACACUCUGAGGCAAACAGCACCUCUAGAGGCCGGGAGGACUGCUACCAAGCCAGGACUAUCAAGACUGAGAACAGCAUGAUGCACCAGUCCAGCCCUGGCGGGCAGUCAUCCUGCAGCAGUGAGCCGUCACCAAUUGGCAGUGCCAACAACACUGACAGUGGAAUAGAGAUGAACCUUCACAGUGAGGGAGGCCUGGGAGACUUGUUUGGCUUGGAGGACACCAGCCCAAUUGUGGAUUCUACAGUCACAUCUGGCAAUGCCACUGUCAGCCUCGGGCUCAGGAAACACAGCAGCACAGUGCAUAGGCUGGAACAACUGAAGAAGGAGAAGUUAAAAACUAUGAAGGAAUCUUGUGCGUUCAUCAACCCACCUGCCAGGAACACCAAGCUCCCUGCCAUCCCAGGAAACGGUUCUUUACUACAUAAUAUUGGUGUCCCAAGCAGUGUGAUCAACAUUCCCAGAAUCACAGACUGGUCAGUUAAUGAUGUCACUAUGCUGAACCAGCUGAACGAGAGGCGAGAUAGUUCCACAAGCACCAUGAGCUCUGCCUAUCACAGUCGCAGAUCCUCUGGCAUCUCUCCAUACUUCUCCAGCCGUCGUUCCAGUGAAGCUUCACAGUUUGGGGGACGACUUAAUAAUUCAAGCUCUGCGGAUUCAUAUGACCCAAUCUCCACUGAUGCGUCAAGGAGAUCAAGUGAUGUCAGCCAACACAGUGGUUUACCUAGUCUACUUAACCUUACACCUGCGCAACAGUAUAGACUUAAAGCAAAAUAUGCUGCAGCCACUGGUGGUCCUCCACCAACACCCCUUCCCAACAUGGAAAAGAUGAGCUUGAGAAAUAAGAUGUCUCUUCUAGAUGGACCAGACUACUUCCUACCUCCUUUCCGGCAACCCCCUGGCCCAAGACGAUGCAGUGAUGGAAGUGGGAAUGCAGCAGUUACCAUGCAUCCACUUGAGAUUCCUGGAAACAACUUAAGACGGGCAAGUGACCCUGUAAGGAGAGUAGGAGGCUUAGAUGCUCAACCUCUUUCAAGGGUUCAGAGAUUCCACAGCAUGAACAGCAUGAAUUUGCUACAUCACACACCCACCAUGGACAGAAGAAAUAUAGGUAUUCAGCAAUACACACGCUCAGAUGGUAACCUGCAGAGACACAUCUAUUCUCCCCGGCCUCCCAGCAUCUGUGAGAAUGUCAUCAUGGAAGCCAUAGCUGCCGAUCUUGAUCUUCAAGGUGGAGAUGAUGAUCUUGUACUGCCAGAUGAUGUUGUUCAAUACAUUAAUUCACAGAAUAAUGGGGGACCUGAGCAACAUAAUGCUUUCAAUUAUAAUAACCAGACUCAGAACUCCCAAAACAAUAUCAACCUCUCCCAUCAAAAUGGACAGGCCCAAUGCAGGAUGGAUGGAGCUGGCACAAACAGAAACUAUCUAGGUGUAGCAGAUUGUCUUGGACCUACAGCUGAAACACAGAAAAAUAACAUGCCAGUACAGUGGAAUGAGGUUAGCUCAGGAACUGUUGAUAUCAUUGGUGACAUGCCAAAGCAGCCAUUUACACAAAGUAAUUUAGCAGUAAUUCAACAGAAGCAGAACUUUGGCCAUUACCAACAUUUUACCUACCAGCCAGUACAAACAACUCAAAACAAUUUAUCUGCAGCCCAGCAAGACGUUGUGCAGAGGAAUGCCAGUUUUAAUGGGCAUAGGCUGAACUAUGCACAGCAAAGGCAGCAGCAUAUGAUUCCGUGCCAAAGUGCCACCUCUGAUAUAAACAGCGAAAAGAGAUUUAACCAGCCUCAGCAAAUGUUGAGCCAGAGAAAAGCUAAUGAAACUCAGUAUCAAGUGUCACCAGCCUGUGGUAACCUGGGGGUAAAAUCUGGGCCUGUCACACACCCUGCACAGAAUUGCAUGAAUAUUAAUCAGCACAUGCUAUUAAACAACAAUCUAGAGGUAACAACUGGAACAUUUAACCAGGGUUACUCACCAAAUCAUAACGUAUGUACAAAUCGUGGCACUCUCAACCAGCCAGGAACCUAUGUAGCACAUAAUCAGCAAAAUAUAUAUGAUCCUCAGCAGAAUUCCACUGGGAUAUCAGGGCAGGUAUUUAAUCAAGGAAUAAUUCAGCCAAGACCUCCACUGACACCACAUCCCCCAAAUAGACCUAGGGGUGUGCACCCAGGGCAUCAACCCAACCACAUGAGGAGUCCACAUACAGUUGAUGAUUUCAGCCCAAACCACCAAACAGCAGAGGCUACUCCAAAACGAAUUAGUGAGGAUGCAGACUCACAGCCAAGUUUGCAGGUUAAAGAUAAUUGCAUGCUGUAUUAUUCAGGACAGAUACACUUAUAUGAACCAAAUGGGAACUUCAGCGCUGCUCCGAACUGCACAGCAAGGCAGCUCAACACCAUGCCAUCUCCAGGAGCUAAUCAGGUGACAAGCACCGUAGACUUACAUGGCUUGGAGCAGCCUCCUGCUAUAGAUUUUGAUGCCAUGAUGGAUGAUGGAGAACAUUCAAGCCUCAUGUCUGGGACCUUGAGUCCCAGCCUUCUUCACAGUCUUUCCCAGAACUCCUCUCGCCUUACAACACCAAGGAAUUCUCUGACUCUUCCCUCUAUCCCAGCUGGGGUAAGCAACAUGGCAAUUGGAGAUAUGAGCUCCAUGCUCACAACAUUAGCAGAAGAAAAUAAGUUUCUUAAUCUGAUGUCUUAACUAAAAGCACACAUGCUUGGGCAUUGCACUGAGAAACAGUUAAGUAAUGGUUCUAUGAACCUGUAUUUAGUGACGUUUAUAUAGUUAGGGACUUCAGUGCAUUGAUAAGAAUGCAUUGCUCACCCCUCAACAGUUGGCCAAUAAAAUGUACUAAAGCCACAGUUAAUUUUGUAGAAUGUGGCCCCCAAAAAUGUGCUGCUUUAGAUUGCAUUAUUGAUGCAUGCUUAAAGGGAACGCUCGACCAGUGUUUUCCUCAAUGGUUUUACAAUGGCUAGAUUUAGUGCCCUUUUAAAGGAAGUUACAUUGAAACUGAUCAUUGAAAAAGGAAUGUAUGACAUCUUAGAGAGCAUUAUAUAAUCAUUUGCUGCUCACAUGUUUUUUAAGCAGGUACCAGUAUAAAAGGAAAUUAUAUUUCUCAUUUUGAAAACCACAGUUUCAUAUUAUUUCUGCACAUGAACUGCUUUUGAAAGCAAUAAUGAGAUACAAUGUAUGCUGAAGAGCAAAAAUGACAUAUAGACUUCAUGAAAACCUAUUUGUCAGAACACUGGCAAAAAGCAGUUUACACCAUCUAUGAAAACACCUAAAUCCUGGAUUUUGUUUCACUUUUGAUAACAAAAACAACUUUACUCAUCAUGGUUAAUGUAGGUCCAUUUCAGUGAUAUGAUAAGCAACAAGCCAUAUAAUAUAUUAAGUAGGAGACCAUUAA